GCAUGAACGAUGGAACGUGAUGGAACGUUUGGACUAGUUUGGACUUGAAACGUCGUGUAUUGGUCCUUGUUCCGGUUUGCCUUUUUGUCUAAAAUGACGAAGGGUACAUCAAGUUUUGGUAAACGGCGUAAUAAGACGCACACGUUGUGCAGAAGAUGCGGACGUAGUUCUUACCACAUCCAGAAAUCGCAAUGUGCACAGUGUGGUUAUCCAGCGAAAAAGAUGCGUUCGUAUAACUGGUCAGUCAAGGCAAAGAGAAGGAAGACUACUGGUACUGGUCGCAUGCGUUAUCUUAAAAUUGUUCGCCGCAAGUUUAAGAAUGGAUUUAGGGAAGGUUUGCCAAAACCUAAAGCUGUUGCUGCUAAAUAAUCAAUGUCCUGUCUUAUUGCCUGAUAAGGUUGUACACAUUUUGACACAAUAAAAUACAAAAUAAAAAUGUUUAAAAUCCAAUCAUAA